GGUCCCGGUCCAGGAAGGUUCAGUCCGAUUCGAGCGUCGGUGCGAAGUGCACAACGAGUCCAGUCGAGCAGUACCUAAGGCAGGAUCCGUCUCCUCAAGAAGUGUCCUGCGCAGAGUACGGGCUUCCCGGUUUGACAUUCUAUUGGUGUAUUGUGUUGGUGAAAAUUGGAUAUUUUGUUGGCUUCGAAGAACCUACUGAAGUUCCAUACCUUGUGGAAGUUAAAAUGCCUUUGCCCAAAGAGUACCCAAAGGUCGAGUGUCUAUCGGUACCUACGACCCGGUGAGGAGAUAGGUCAUUCCGCGCCGUUAGCCUACGCUUCUGGGAGAUACCGUGUUUACGAAAAGUUCAUUGGAUCGGGCUGCAGCUGGAUUACAAAGAGUGAGCCAUGAUAGGCAAUCAAUCUGUGCCAAAGAAGACUGCAUUUCGUUUUUUAUUGUGAGGUGUAGCCACUCAAUCAGCAUUACAAAUUAGUGAAAAGUUCCUCGAGGAUAUAUUGUGUAAAAUAAUCGUCUUUAGUGAGUGAGUGAUUGUGUUCAACGACAAUAGGUGGUAGUUGUAUUAGACAAAACAAAUUCCCGCUUGAAUAGAAGAGUUGUGCACAGCAUUAGACGAGUAUUGGCAAAAGAGUAACAACUAUCGGUGUGGAUCGAAGUUUCGUAACUCACGUAGAUCGCGCGCUGAUCGAUCUCCCAUACAUAUCUCCCUGUGCAUGGCAGUUGAAUAUACAUACAGAACGCCAACUGGUGCAUGAAAUUGUGCGCUCUAGACUGCUGCCACUCGCCUUAGAUUGGCAGGCCAAAUCUUCGGUCCAAGUGACGUUAUCAAUUGCAAUUAGUCCUAGUUUUCUAAUUAGUGCUGGCAGAACAUCGGAGUGCAACCGUGAAAAUUAAUCGCUCUGACCGUGGUUAGCUGAUAGUAGCUGAUCCAUCCUGUGGCACCAGACAAAAAGCUGCAUCGUUUUCAUCUUGAAUAGCUGAGGUAUCAGUAGGAGCGGCAGACAACCAUGGCGCUGGACUUUACCAGGCGGCAGUGGCUCACGCUGUUCAUCAUGGGGUUGGCAGAUUUUUGCAAUGCAAUCUGCGUCAGUUUACAAGCACCAUUCUUCCCCAAUGAGGCGGAACGGAAAGGUGCAACGGCCACAGAGUACGGUCUAGUAUUUGGAAUUUUCGAAUUGGUAGUGUUCAUAAUUUCACCAAUCUACGGUCAGUGCAUCAACCGGAUUGGACCAAAAGUAUUAUUCAACAGCGGAAUCUUCACCACCGGCACGUCGGCCAUCUUGUUUGGUCUGCUGGAUCGGAUACCGGAUCACAUCCCCUUCAUCACAUGUGCCUUCAUCAUUCGAAUCGUGGAAGCCUUGGGUAAUGCGGCGUUCCUCACAGCUUCUUUCGCCAUCAUCGCCAAAGAGUUCCCGAACAAUGUGGCCACCACAUUCGCAUCCUUGGAAACCUGCUUCGGGCUGGGACUGAUCGUAGGUCCCAUGGUUGGCGGAGCCCUCUACUCCGUGGGUGGAUACUAUCUGCCGUUUGUGGUGCUCGGGUCGGCCCUGUUCGUCACCGCAAUCCUAACGCUGUGCAUUCUACCCAAACACGCGAACGAAGCCUUCGAAGAAAAUGACAAACGAACUUCCAUGUGGAGCGUUCUAAAGAUCCCGGGAGUCCUGGUAAGCUCGCUAGCGAUCUGCGCUACCAGUGCUUCCAUUGGAUUCCUCAGUGCGACACUGGAACCUCACUUGCGACAGUUUGAGCUGGGACCAAUUCUGUUAGGAGUUGUAUUCGUGAUCAACGGUGGAAUCUAUGCACUUACGGCACCGAUCUUCGGUUGGAUGGUGGACAAAUUCCUGAGCCCCAAGGUGUGCUCUACUAUGGGUUGCUUCUUGGUUGUGGCGGGAUUCCUUAUGGUUGGACCAGCAUCGUUUUUACCGAUAGAGACCACUCUCGACGUGGUGAUCAUUGGGCUAGUACUUCACGGCCUUGGCAUAGCUGCGGUUCUAGUAUCAGGAUUCACGGAUGCGCUUAGAACAUCAAUCGCCAAAGGUCUCCCGGACAGUAUUGAAACGUACGGGCUCGUGUCCGGCCUGUGGACGUCAACCUUCGCCUUCGGAGCUUUCGUCGGGCCCUCUGUCAGUGGUCUCCUCUUCGAUGCCAUCGGUUUCCGCGGUUCAACCCUAUUCAUCGUCGGACUGGAGCUGAUCGUAGGCACCAUCCUGCUGUUCUUCAUCAUGUGCGACAAGACUCCAUCGCAGUACAAGGAAAUCUCGUCGGUGGAGUCGCUCAUCAAAAGCCAGGACAGCCAAUCACACGACAGUAUCCUGGGAAGCCGUAGCAGCAGCCUGGAUAUCAGCUUCCGAGGACGAGGAAGUCAGCAUUCGCUUGCCAUAGAAUCGUGGCGCCCCUCGGCCAACAGCCUGAUCCUGAGCAACAGCUACAACAGCAAGCAAGGCCACUGGGCUCGAUCAGUUACGGAGUUGGAAUCUAGUAAUGUGGCACAAUAUGGACCGCAGUAUGGCAGUUUUGAUGCACGACCGGCCUAUCAGGAUACGAUGUCUUAAGCAGGGAUAACCACGAGUUCAUCUCCUGCCCAACGGAUUGGUCAAUUUAGUGAUCAAUUUUUGGAUAAACCUGCCAUUCUUGUUCCCUUAACUAGGAUGUAAAUAUAUUUAAUGCUACACUACUCAUCGGAUUUAAUCCAUCCGCCCUUUCCCACUGCGCAGCGGCAGCUUAAUCAAAUCGCAUGCGAUGAUAUAGCAGCUGAACCGAAAGAUUAAACGUUUAACCAUAAGACUUGUUCUAGCUUUGUACUUUAUAAUGCAGCAAUACGUCAGGCGCAGAGAAAGAUAGGAACGCGGUUACCAAAGAAACACUUGCCAUUCACGUGACUGGCCAAGCGACAUAAUCAGUAGCCGAAAAAAUGCGGCAGCAAAUUUAGCGAACACAGUUCAAUUUCCCGAUUACUUUUCAGUAUAGCAACUUAGCUAGGACAUUUGUUCACGUCAAUUUUUCCGUUGUCGUUUCGCAUAAUUUGCCUACCCCUCCCGUGUAUGUCUUUUACGCAGAACAGUACUUAGUAAUUUGUAGCAUCAGAAAUGUAGGAGAAAAAAACACGGAAUCAAAUCUCUAUUUCACGCAAAGCACUUGCCAUGACAGGAGGUUCGCGAGCUUGCGGUGCGAGAUGAACCAGAAACAGAAAAUACGAAAAAAAAUAUCAAGAACCUUUAUUAAUGUGAUGAUAGCAUUUACUCUCUACGGAGCAAACAAAAGAGCGUGGAAGCGAUAAGCUCAGAGCUGUAGACAUGAAGAUGAUUUACCAACAAGAAGCACAAUAAAUGUAGGCUAUUUAUAAUGAAACCGAA